CAUGGACUUGAUUCAAAUUCGAGAUUCAUGGCAUAGGUCUUUGGUAGUGAUAUUGACUUCACCAGAACUCAAUGCCAACUUGCACUUUGUGUGCUCUUCUUGUCUCCCCUGUCUCUCUGUUGUUGGCUGUGUGUGAUGUUCUGGUUGUUCCAGAGAAGACCGUGGGCUCAGCGAACAUCACAGGGUCAGACCUGAAGGCCCUGACUGGACAGGCCAACCAGACACCUGCCAGAGAGUCCCAAGUAGCCUACCCGGACAUGACGUUUAAGCGCAGUGUGUUUAACGUGUAUGGCAACAGUCCUCUGGUGCAGUACUACAUGCGUGUUCUCCACAUGGACCCCAAGGUGGGACAGGACGUACUGGUGGUCCGGACCGAGAUCAGCAAGUUGCCUCCGGCUGGAUCAGUGACGUACAGGGACAUUCUGAGUAAGGCCCAGGAGCGUUCUGUGGCCCACCGCAGGGACCUCAGGACCAUGUGGGGCCAAUACUCCAAGGACCUCUAUGUUCUCAACCAGAGGAAGCUGGACGAGCGCUAUGAAACCUUCAGGAAACAGAAAAAGAUCCUGUCCCAGAAGACAACUAUCAAACGACUGUGCCAGCUACUGGUCCCAGAGACCAUUAAUGAAGAGGACACCAGGACCAGCUCUGAGGUCAUACACGCCUUCGAAAUGGCUGUGUCUGGGCUGGACAAUGUCACCCCUGACCCCUCAGUCUGACCCCUUAACCCCCAGGGUUUGACCACUGAACCCUGAACCGGAACCCUGACUACCCUCAUAUCGGAAAUGCAUUAAAAAAAACAUGCUUCACCUGUA